UUUGACAGUUAUUGGUAAAACAGUUUAUGGGUAUGUUGAUUGUUGUUGAGUUUAGUUGUGCGAAGUAUAAGAAAAAAUAGUAAAAGAGCCGUUAUUGCACAUCUAGUUAGUGCGGAAAUAAUUGAGAAAAUGUGGUGAAUGUGCUGGUAAAUAAGAAAACUGGUGGUGACAAGCAAAUGUUUAAAUGGAAGCAUCCUCCAUCAUCACCCAGGUGUCAAGAGACGAGGAACAUCUGAAUAAUUAUGCUACUGAAAAAGGUUCUAUCUCAACACAAGAUGGCACCAUUGACCAACUCACACAACUUCAGCCCACAACUAUCACCACCUCGAAGAAAAGCUCUACCAAGAGCUUCUUCCGUUCACUACUAUGUUGCCUGCGCCCGAAGAAAUCAAAAACCCCCAUUUCGGAUCAAUGUCUUGACGGGACCCAGUGCGUUGACCAUAGCAGAUGCAGUUAUCUUCUCAGUCCGCCACGACAAGAGGAUAUACACAAGAAGUGUAUGGUUAUAGAUCUGGAUGAAACAUUGGUACAUAGCAGCUUUAAACCUAUCAGCAAUGCAGACUUCGUCGUACCAGUAGAAAUAGAUGGCACAUUACAUCAAGUGUAUGUCUUAAAGAGGCCCCACGUAGACGAAUUCCUUCAGAGGAUGGGAGAAUUGUAUGAAUGCGUUCUCUUCACUGCAUCACUGGCGAAGUACGCCGAUCCCGUCGCUGACCUUCUAGACAAAUGGGACGUGUUCAAGGCAAGAUUAUUUAGAGACAGCUGCGUCUUCUAUAGAGGAAAUUAUGUUAAGGACUUGAACAAGCUGGGACGAGAGUUGCAGCAGAUUGUUAUUGUUGAUAAUUCACCUGCUUCCUACAUAUUCCAUCCAGAUAAUGCUGUGCCGGUAGCGUCGUGGUUCGACGACAUGAACGAUUCAGAGCUGCUCGACUUGAUCCCGUUCUUCGAGAAGCUCAGCAACAUGGACAAUGUAUACACAGUGCUGUGCAACUCCAAUCAUCCGUACAAUAACAGCGCACCCGCGCAACUCAAUGGUCCCCAAAACAUUAACCAUGCCCUGAGAGGACCGCAGACCAAUCAUUCUCCGGCAAAAACGUAGCGAUCGCUUAUCAUCUUUCAGUUGGUGGUUUGUUAUUGAGUUUGUUUAAUAAUUAAAGGUCGUAAGCAGGGUGAAUGACAACAGAAUGGUGGGAAAAUGGUAUUGGGCAACCAGGCUGUACAGUAGAUAAAUUUUCAUUUCCUUUUGCAAAAGUCGGGUACCGCUAAGUAUUGUGACAAAACGAACGUCACCUGCCAACGUCACUUGCAGCAGCCUUCUAGAAACUACUCGAAAUAAACAGAAAGUACUUCUCAAUAGGUCAUAAAAAUCAAAUGCAUUUUUUUUUGUAUUUCUAUAUAUAGCUUCUUUAAAUGCAAAUACAUUUUAGUGAUGUUGGUAGAUGAUGUUUUCUAAUGCAAUUAACUGUAUGUGUGAUAGAUUAGUGAUUUUGUGCCAAGCUGCAUUCUUUGUGCGUAAAAAUCAAAAAUAUUUUAUUUAUAUGACGUACUUAUAUGCAGGUUACUUUUAAUUCAUAAUUAUUUGACAACCAGUGAUACCAAUUUGUUAUUAUUCUAGUGGUGGACGGCGUUAUUUUGGAACUGUUACAAAUAGCAUAUUUUCGGUAUGGGUCUUGAAAAUAGUCUGUAUAUUUUGUAUAUAGUUGAUGUCUGUUGGAAGAAUCCAAUAAACCGAUAUUUUUCUAUUGCACUGUUAGAAAAAACAGCCAAUACCAUUUCCCCGCUCGUAUUUAAAAACUAUAGUCUUACCGACUGGAGACCUGUUUUUAUUUUUUAAUUUUUUAUAUAACAAAAUUGUGUGGACGUAAAAUUGUUUGACAUUGUGUAACAAUCAUUUGUAUAAUUAUGAACAAAAACGUAAAAUGAAAUUGAGGAUUCUCAUUUUAAUUGUUACUUUUUUCAUAUUGGGACAGUUGAGGCGAGGACGUAUUUUUCUAUGAAAGAACUAUUGAUAUUUUUAAUACUUAGUAAUUGAUACAACUUACAAUGAUUUUUCCACAAAUAGACCUGUGAUGUCCUGUUAAGGUGUAUAAUUUUUUGGGUAAACGUAAUUGAUAUGUUUUACAAAGCAGUCAAGGAAUUACUUAAUAGUCACCAGUAACCAACGAUUAAGAUUACGUUACUUUCAAAAUGAAAGCUUUAUAUAUUAUUUUACGACAUAUGCGAUGCAAUGCAAGACAAAUUUAUCAAACCUUUCAUAAGCGGCUAAUAAAAAAUUGUGACAUUUUUUGAUAGGGGUUGUAUAAUAUGAGCGAUCUGCAUUUGAUUUUUGCGUUGUUCCCAGAUAUUCCGUAUAUUUGAUAAUAUAGGAGAGUUUGUUUUUUCAAAUAUAUUCUGUGCAUUGUUCGAUUUUUAAAUUACCUACCUAAUUAAUCCUGAAUAUUUGUAAUGUAAAACUCCCUUUACCUAAACGUAACAGUUCCAGAAAUUAAUAUCGUAAUAUCAAAUUUUAAAAUGUUCAUUUUGUACUGUAAUCAAUUUGAAUAAACUCACCUAAAAUUAUUUAUUGAUAAACAUCAGGAAUUUUCAAUAGACGUUCAAAAUGAUAUCCAUUUCUUUCCACAAGGUAAGCCAUCCGAUCUUUAAAGCUACGAUAACAUUAAAUUUGUAAGAUAUCCUCCUUUAUUAUCCUUAUAUUUGCUUUGCAGAGAUGGUAUCUUUUAGUUCGUGAAUUUUGACGAAUUGUUUUGUUUUAUACAUACAAGUGUGUGUAUGUGUGUUUGACAAAAUUAUACAACUGUAAACACAUUAUUUAAAUUUCAAUUAAAUAGCAUAGUGAGGAGCAGCUCCAUCCUGUUGCUACCAAAUACCAUAGUUAAAGCUAUUGCUAUUGUUUAAAAACUAUACAGCAAUAAAGUUUUAAAUUAAAAGAUAUGAAAAAUACAUGUUGGAGAAUAGCCUAGCUAGCUCACGAACGUUUGCUAGAUGUUUUGUAGUAUCUCCAAAUUAGUUUGACAUUUAGAUUCCCUUAAAUGCAUAAAAGACCAAUUAUUAUUUUAUUGGCAAUCAUUCCGAUCCAUACCUUAAGAUCCUAUGGAUAUUAAGAAUGGAAUUUAUGCAGCCACCGUGGAUAAUAUCGAUUAUGCCUAAUCGAUUCCGCUAAUAAAAUCAGUUUCUUUUUUCUGCAGAGAACAUAUUAUAUACAUAUGUAUUUUCAAAAAAACCCUGUUACCAUAUAGUGGUGUAGGGCGAGAACAUAACAUUAUUUAAAUUUAAAACAUUUGGACCGUUUCGUUGUAUCACAAAAUUGAACACAAUUAUCAAAAUUUACAUCUGACAACUAUCUUUAUUAUCAUUAUUAUUUUUGAUGGAUUCGACCGUUACUUGAUGGAAGUUCAUUUUAUCUCACAAUAAAACACUGAAAACUUUUGUUUUCUAUACUUCCACAAAAUUUAUUAUUUACAACUAUGUGACUACAGCUGCUUCGGCAGAGUGCCUUUCUCAAGUGAUAUAAUUUACAAUGUGUUUGCCUUUUUAAGUCUCUAACUGAAGAGAUUGAGGAGUGGGGAGCUGUUUGUCUCGAGUUGGUCAUUCAGAAUUAUGUAUAUCUGUAUUUUUCAGUUUAUUAAUUUCCAUAGAUUCUAAAAAAGAUAGCUUAAGGCCUUUAUUUUGGAUAUGGAGAAUUUGAAACUCUUCAUUGAAAGAAUGAUUAUGAUCUAGAAGGUGAAGUGCGUAUGUAGAAGUCUGUUUUUCUAUUGUUGAAAGCCCUUUUGUGUUCUGCUAUCUGUUUGUCAAAAGUUCUGCCAGUUUGACCGAUGUAAGUUUUCGGACAGUCACCACAAGUUAGUUUGUACACACCACUCUGUAGUUGCUUUCUCUUUCGACUUUUAUUGUUCUUAAUAUAUUUGCUUAAGUUGUUGUUAGUUCUGAAAGCUGGUAUUAUUCCUUUCUUUUUUAUGUAUCUGGCUAUUUUUGUUGUUAUCUUGCCAGUAUAUGUGAGAGAGCAGAAGGUACUGGGUUCUUUCUGUGGUGGUGGAUACACUAAUUUCAGGGCUUUCUUAUGGAGUUUUUGAUUUAAGAUUUUGUUAACUGUUUGUUCGUUAUAGCCGUUGUUUACUGCUAUUUGUUUAAUGAUGUUUAGUUCUAUCUCGAAGUUAUUUUUUGUCAUGGGAAUUUCUGUCAGUCUAUGUAUCAUGCUAUGGUAGGCUGCUAAUUUGUGUUGUGUAGGAUGGGAUGAUGAAUUGUGUAUAGUUGUAUCAGUAUGGGUAGGUUUAUGAUAUACGGAGAACUCAUGUUUGUUGUGUAGUCUGGUAAUCGUUACAUCUAGAAAGUUUAUGGAAUUAUUCUGUUCUGUUUCUAUUGUAAACUCAAUAUUACUAUGAAGUGAAUUAAUGUAUGAUAGAAAUUGGUCAAGUUGUCUGUUAGUUCCUGUAUAGCAUACUAGUAUAUCAUCCACGUAUCUCCACCAAUAUAAGAACUGUUUAAAUACGCGAUGUUUAGAAAUUGUUGUUUCAAGUUGGUUCAUAAAUAUAUCUGAUAGUAAUGGACUUAGGGCAACUCGAGACAAACAGCUCCCCACUCCUCAACCUCUUCAGUUAGAGACUUAAAAAGGCAAACACAUUGUAAAUUAUAUCACUUGAGAAAGGCACUCUGCCGAAACAGCUGUAGUCACAUAGUUGUAAAUAAUAAAUUUUGUGGAAGUAUAGAAAACAAAAGUUUUCAGUGUUUUAUUGUGAGAUUAUUAUUUUUAUUAUUAACAUAUCACGUAAAAUUAUUAGAGCAGAUAUGUGUAAAAUAUGAAGCUAUCUGUCUUAUUACUCUAGUGUGAACCUUCUUAUAACAAAACGCACACAUAUAACGAUUUGUCUUCAGCUUUUACAUGUUUUUAAGUCCUAAUUUAGGUAAAUCUUUUACUGCAUCUGUUCUUUAAUUACUAGCUGUAACAAACAAAAGUUCCUUAUAUUAUCGGAAAAACAGAAGGUUUGACAGCGCAAAUACCAUAUAAAGACCGAUAGUAUUACACAACCCCUAAAAAUAAAUUCCAUAAUUAUCAUAUUACCGCUUCUGAAAUAACUGAAGCAUUACAUUUGGCCUAUUGCCAUUAUAUGACAGUUUUACUUUCUUAAAAUGUACAGGAUCAGUGAUUAAUUAUGUUUUACGUUACUGUAUAUCAUCACAAAACCGUGAAGUGUGGAAACAAUUGGGGGAGACCUAUAUCCAGCAGUGAACGUAAAGUGGUUGGAUGAUGAUGAUAACAUUAUUAAUUUCGAUUAUAGGUUCUUCGCUGACUUUGAGCCAUAAAUGCAAUGUAUUUAUAAUUACAAAUUUAGUUAACAAAUAACUAAAUAGUAGUAAAUCCGUCUGUAGUUUUUUAAAUAAUUUUCAAACAUCCGUGUUUAGUCCAGAUUAAGGAUCUCAUAUAUGACUUGUAAGACCAUGUUUAUUUCCAGUCCAGACCAGCUUAAAAAUUAGGGUUUUAUGUCUGGUGAUUGGACUGUACUACACAUUUUUGACAAGGUGAUUUUGAACACUUGUGUCUUUUAAUAAACAAAACUAUUCACUGAAUUUAAAGUAAUCGUCAACCUGUUAACAAUAAUAUAGCUGCUACUUGGUGCUUAUUCAUAUAUUACUCGUGUUUGUAUUCUUAUUGUACAAAAAUCCAAGUGAUUGAUAUAAGAGUAUCAGCAUGUGUAUUGGUUAACCGAGUCAAUAAAGAUAUCUAUUUAAAACAUUUUUCUAAAGAUUUACUUCACUAUUGACUCAUAGGAUCUAUUUGUUGGGAAUCUUAAUUGUUAGCUAUCAGUAGUCGAUAACUGUCAAAGGUUAUAUCAUUUUCCAUGGACUGAACAGCAUUAUAAAGGUUUUCACGUCAGAACUCUCAAGAUUUUUGAUAUAGUACCAAUGUUUGUAAAAUUAGUGGCCUUUGUGUUGUCAAGACGCUGAUCAUAUUGAAUUUUAUACGAGUUUUUUCCGAAAGAUGACGCCACGACGCAGGAGAGGUGGCGCCAUCUGACGACAUAUCAAUUGAAACAAUUUUGAUAUUCUAUUGAAUGGCAAAAAAGUAACUGAAUCAAUUUUAAGAGACUUUGACAAUGGUAGGUGGGGGUUUUCUGCCUACAUGAGAAUGUAAUAGAUUUGUAUACAAGUUUUUUGUUAUUUUGUUAUAUUGAUUAUGAACAGGUAAUACCAUAGUAAAGGGAACAUUUUUAUUUGAUGGUAGUGAUUGGUUUUUGCACUAGCUUUUGUAUAAUUUUAUCCCAUUGAAGUUUAAAUACCAGUUGUAGUCUUUUAUUUUUGACGUACUAGCAAAUAUUUUAUAUGUGAUAGAUUAAUUAUUAGUAUUAUAGAAUUUAUACUUUUUUACAAAACGUUGUGUGCAUAACACAGAAAACAAAAUUUAAUAAGUUUAUUUUGACUACAUAAAACGAGGUUUUCGAAAAGAAAUUGUAAUUUUACCAUAUAUUUGUUUCUUCUCGUCUGCGCUGUACUACCAGUGAAUAAAAUUGUAAAAAUAAUUCCAACAAUAAUUCUAAUUGCAAAGAACUAGAAAAUUCUUCAAAGCGAUAAAGAUGAUUACGACAAAGGAACUUUUGACAUCGUUAAAUACAUUAAUCUUUUACUUUUCUGUCGUUUUUGACAGUAUAAUCCGAUCUGAAUCGAAGUCUUUAUAACAUCGACUUUUUAUUCUUUCCAUUACUUGCAAGGUUUAUUCAAUGUUUUUAAGUCGUUAGUAAAUAUAUUUUUUACCACACGUUGAAUAUACACGCCAUAUAUUUUUUUCCACGAAACCACCAGAUCAUGGCUGCAUCGAACUUUCAAACUUUCUCUGUUGUAAUCUUUAUAGGCGGGUUGACAUUACCAGUGAAUAACGAAUGUGGCUCACGCUUACGUAUUUUGCCCCUGCUAUUGUUAGAUAUUUUAUUAUCUAUUUUCAAACUCGAGCAGUGUAUUUGUAUCUAUGCAUCUAUAAUAAAAUAUCUAACAAUAGCACGGGCAAAAUACAAGCGUGAGCCACGUUCGUUAUUCACUAGUAAUGUCAACCCGCCUUUAGACUUGAUCUUCUCACUUUCCACGAGCUUAAUUUUUUCUCGAUCACCACUAUCACUGGGGCGAAAUGGAGGGUUAGUAAGACAAUAAGAAUCUUAGGUAUUAUAAUAUAAGUAAGUUUAUAGUAUUCAAAGUGAUUGAGUCUUCAUGAGUUUGGUAAUUGCUGACGAGUAUACAACAGUGGUAUGAAUGUUCUUAGCAUAUAGUGAAAAUGAUAAUUUAUGUUUACGAAGAAGUUUUGUUUCUCAUCAUAAAAAUAUCUAAUAAUUAAUGCAUUUCAUCUAGAAGUGUUCCAAUGCCAUUAUCCCUUUAGAGCCGUGUUUUCUAAAAAUGUUACAAAAUUAUCUUUAGGAAGAUCUUCAACUUCGAGAAUAAAAUCUCGAUGAAACUGGGAGGAAGGUAGACAUUCCAGUACUGUAUUGACAAGAUCUUCCAAUAGGGAACUUGCAUAAAAUUUUAAAUUCGAAACAAAUGUUAUAAAUAAAUCACAACAGAACAUAAUUUAAAACAUGUAUCAAAGAUAAAAAAAAGUUGCUUUUGUGUUCCGUUUGGCCCCUAAAGACGAUUCUAAAUUCAAAUUAAAGCAGCUAGUCCAAAACGCGUCGUGACGUCAUAUGGUUAAUGUUUACAUUCUGCACCAACAAAGUAAACAAAAUUGUAUAUAAUUUUAAAUUAGACAUUAUAAACGUCAUGCGUCAGUAGAAAAACAGUUAGUGACGUCACAAGUGUUUUUGAUCGUUUGAACUAUUCAUAGAAAACUUGUACUUUUACAAAAUGGUUUUAUUUUCCAUAGGAAACCUUCUUUCCUUUCCUUCAAAAACUGUAUCAAACUCCAAUCUCAACAAACUGGUAUAUAUUAUUACAAUGACGUAUGUACGAUAAAUGUCAUUAGAAUAUUUUUUCUCUUAUUCCGCGACGACGAGCUGGCCAAAUACCCAAGUAGGUGGAGGCCAAUAAACUAAAGGAGAAGAAGAAUAUACCUAAAUAUAACCAUAGAUAUAACCAUAUUGUAAAACUAUGUGACGUCACGGGCUGUUUGAACUACAUAUUUCAAUAUCGCAGUAGAUGUUAAAUUUGUAUUUUUAAGUUAUUAUGAGUUUUUGAAGCGUGAAAUUUUGGAAAUCUCAUUUUUAAACAAAACUGAACAUUAUUAUGUAAUAAAAAAAAAUGUGCAAGUUCCCUAUUCUCCAUGGCAAAGACACUUAUGGGCAGUUGCAUUAUCCUUAUGGAAAAGUUUUGUUUUAUUUAAGCCGGGUGUGCUUUUACAAAUGCUUGCGACCAAAUUUAUUAGAAAUUGGGAGUAGUAUUUACCAGUUAUGGUUUUACCUUUUGCAAGAUACUCAACAGCAAAAUUCAUUUUGUGUUCCAAAAACACCAACGACUUAGUUCCUAUACUGCUAUUUCUUUUAAGUAGUGGUUCAUCCAUAUUUCAAUAUUCUACCACUGCUUUAAACGACUGCGGACAGUUAAUUGCUGCAUUGGAUGACUUGCAAUAUUAGGUACAUGAAGUCUAUUAGCACGUGUACAAACGUGAUGAAAAGAAUCACGGAACGCAAAUAAUUUUAGUAGUAUAUGAUGUUUUUAAUUUGAAUAAAGAUGUUCUCAUUUGUUGUGAUGUUGAUCUGCAAAUCUAAUAUAGGGCUUUUCAUUGAUUGUCAUUUGUUUCGACCUUCUGUCAUAUGUUGUAUAAUCUGUGUAUAAUAUUAAUGUGCACGGAUUACACGACAUAUGACAGAAGCUCGAAACAAAUGACUGUGAAUGAAAAGCCCUAUACCGGGCAUUUAAAGAAUAUACUGUUUUAUGUACAUUUUUUGAAUGUUUAUUAGUCAAAGGUUUGUUCAAAAAUUUAGUUAAAAGUAGAUUACACCAAUUUAAUAAGGGAAAGUACCCCGGAUAGUAAGUAGUUGUGUCUAAUUUUUGUAUGUGUAAUAUUUGAUUGUAUGGUAUAGGUCCCAAAAUAUGUCAUUGUAUUGCUCAGUGUUUUAUCGACGAACCGAAAGAAGAUGUGUACCUUUUACUCUUAGUAUAUAAUAAAAAAUAAUGAGUUCGGGGUAUUUUCCUUCGAAUUAUUUUAGUCAAUUCACAAGACAAGACAUAAUUAAAUUAUUCUUUUUAAGUUUGCUAAAGUUAACAACAUGCUGUAAACUAAUGAAAUUAUUAUUGUAUUGUAUAUAAAUAUUAUUGUAUUAUUAUAUUAACUAUGUAUAACUUACAACUGUAAAUACACAGAAUUUAUUUAUA